AUUUUAUUUUGCGUUCCUCAUUACAUCUUCAUUCUCGUUUAUUCGUUAAUUGAGAAAGGACGUGCUGCCAGGCGAAUCCAAAAAUAAAAAUAAAAUAUAUUAAAGUAUUUAACCUUUAAUUAAUAAAAUAUACAAAAUGUACAAUCGCUCUGGAGAUCGUCCUAAUGGAGGAGGUCGUGGAGGAUUCCGCGAUAAUCGUGGAGGUGGCGGCGGGCCAAUGCGAGGAAAUGGACCACCACACAGCAGAGGAGCGCCUUAUAAUAGGGGGCCACCAGCUGAUCGGCGCAAUGAUUCUAAGCCGGGUGAUCGUUUGCGACGCAUUCACUGGUCUGAUUUAACAUUAACACCAUUUGAAAAGAAUUUCUACAAGCCAUGUGAUUCGGUUAUGAACCGUCCUCAAGGUGAUGUUGAUUUGUUCCUAAGCAAUAACGAAAUCACCCUAAAGGGAAAAAGCAUCCCGACGCCAAGUUUUGAAUUCCAAGAGGGUGGGUUCCCCGAGUACGUGUUGACUGAGAUAAAAAAGCAGGGCUUUAAUAAGCCAACUGCUAUCCAAGCUCAAGGUUGGCCAAUCGCUCUUAGUGGUCGAGACAUGGUGGGUAUAGCUCAAACCGGAUCGGGAAAAACUCUAGCCUAUGUACUCCCGGCUGUUGUCCAUAUCAACAACCAGCCGAGAUUGCAGCAUGGCGAAGGUCCGAUAGCUUUGAUACUUGCACCCACUCGUGAGCUAGCCCAACAAAUUCAGCAAGUUGCAAACGAUUUCGGCUCCCAGACCCGCGUUAGAAAUACGUGCAUAUUUGGUGGCGCUCCUAAGCACUCGCAGGCCCGAGAUCUUGAGCGGGGAGUCGAAAUCGUUAUUGCGACUCCUGGAAGAUUGAUCGAUUUCCUUGAGCGGGGCGUGACCAACCUUCAACGCUGCACGUACUUGGUGUUAGACGAGGCUGAUCGUAUGCUUGAUAUGGGCUUCGAGCCCCAGAUUCGCAAGAUAAUGGAACAAAUAAGACCAGACCGUCAAGUACUCAUGUGGUCGGCUACAUGGCCAAAAGAAGUAAAAAUGUUGGCCGAAGAGUUUCUCGACAAUUACAUUCAAAUCAACAUUGGCUCCUUAACCCUAUCGGCCAAUCACAACAUUUUGCAAAUUGUCGAUGUUUGUGAGGAACAAGAAAAAGACACAAAACUAAUAAAACUUCUGACCGAAAUAUCAUCUGAGAAUGAAACUAAGACUAUAAUUUUUGUUGAAACAAAGAAACGUGUGGACGAAAUCACACGCACAAUUUCACGCCAAGGCUGGCGCGCAUGUGCCAUUCAUGGUGACAAGUCUCAACAAGAACGUGAUUAUGUUCUAGCUUCAUUCCGUAACGGCAGACAGUCUAUUUUAGUUGCAACGGAUGUUGCAGCUCGUGGACUAGAUGUCGAAGAUGUCAAAUUUGUAAUCAACUAUGAUUACCCUUCAAACUCGGAGGAUUACGUUCAUCGUAUUGGGCGCACAGGUCGAUCCAAUAACACGGGAACGGCAUACACCUUGUUCACAAACUCAAAUUCAAACAAGGCAAAUGAUUUGAUUCAAGUGCUACGAGAAGCAAAUCAGGUAAUAAAUCCACGUUUAAUGGAAAUGGCACAAUAUGGCUCUGGUUCGAACAAGCGCGGUCGUGGAGGAUACCAAGGUCGAAAUCAGUCGGGCGGUUACGGUGGUGGACGCGGUGGUCGUGAUGGAGGCCGUGGUGGCUACAUGAACAACGGAGGUCAUCAACAAAGAAACGACGAUCGCAGUGGCGGCGGUGGCUAUCGCGGUGGAUAUCAACAACAGCAAGUACACCGUGAUUAUAACAAACCUCCAACACAUGAGCCACCAAUGGAUUCGCGUAACAGUAUGUCGGGUGGAGUGCAGAGAUCCAAUGGCCACGUUUCCCGUUUCUCGUCCGCACCCCCAUCGGCAACAGAAAGCGGAAAUGCUUCACGGUUUAGUGUGCGACCGCCAAUUCUUCCACAGCCCACUGGUGCACCCGGCCAUUAUCCACCAUCAAGCUCAAACUACAAUAUUCCACCAGCUCAAAAUUACAAUUCGCGCCAAGCUCCUCCAGCCCCAGCGCAUCAAUAUGCCGUUCCCACAAACUUUGCAGCGGGUCCCCCCGGAAUGUUUGCAUACCCUCCACCUCCAUUACCAGUUCAAAAUUAAAUUUAGUUUCUAAAAUAACAUUGAAUAUUCUGUUUGCUUUUAAAUAUUACGUAUUAAACGUAUAAAAAUAAAUCAUCAAAUCUUAAUUAGUAACAAGUAACAUAACCUUGAUGUGAUCAUUUAUUUAAACAAAAAAGAAAACAAACUAUUUUUCAAAAAAAGGUACAAGUUAUGAAUGUAGUAGUAUGGUAGUAUAAAAGACACUCCUAAAAUCAACCGUUUAAUUUUAUGUUCUCAUUUAUCUUUUAAACAAUAUCCACAAAUCAACAAAUACAUCUAUCGUAAAAAAAAAAACAGUAAAUUGUAACUUAUGUAGUAUUGUUUCUCAUACACUAAUAUAAGAUUUAUUAGAAAUAAAUAAAAUAAAA